UUAAGUUUGAAGCAACAUUCAUAGCCUGCACACAAAGAUUAACAAGUAACUUGUCGAAUAAGGAGUACAGGCAGCUGAUAUUUUCAGCACAACACAUACACAAUGGCAAAUUUCGGCGGGCUUAUUAUUUUUGUCUGUGCUUUCGCAUUGCUUCCACUGUUUACUAACGUAGCUGCAGAUUCAUACGAAUACAAACCUUCACCAUACUACUCGCCCUCAUACGUGUACAAAUCCCCAUCAUACUAUAAAUCUCCACCACCCUACUCUCCCUCGUACUCCUACAAAUCUCCUCCAUACGAAUAUAAGUCUCCACCACCCUAUGAAUAUGGCACCUACUCACCCUCGUACUCCUACGAGUCCCCUUCAUAUUACAAGUCUCCACCAGCUUACAAGGCCCCUUCAUACUACAAGUCUCCACCAGCUUACAAAGCCCCUUCAUACUCCUACGAGUCCCCUUCAUACUACAAGUCUCCACCAGUUUACAAGUCCCCUUCAUACUCCUAUGAAUCCCCUUCAUAUGACUACAAGUCUCCACCAGUUUACAAGUCCCCUUCAUACGAUUACAAGUCUCCACCAGCCUACAAGUCCCCUUCAUACGACUACAAGUCUCCAGCAGUUUACAAGUCCCCUUCAUACUCCUAUGAAUCCCCUUCAUACGACUACAAGUCUCCACCAGCCUACAAGUCCCCUUCAUACUCCUACGAGUCCCCUUCAUACUACAAGUCCCCACCAGCCUACAAAUCCCCUUCGUACUCCUAUGAGUCUCCUUCGUACUACAAGUCUCCACCCUCCUACAAGUCCCCCUCAUAUGACUACAAAUCCCCCGAACCCUACAAGGCUCCUUCAUAUGAUAAGUCCCCUGAACCCUACAAGUCCCCUUCAUACUACUACUCUCCUAAACCAUACUACUACUCACCCUCGUACUCUUACAAGUCUCCACCUCCUUACUAAACUAAAGUCUCCACCAUCUUACCUAAUGCCCUAGCUUCAUAAUCAUAAGUCACUCUCCCUGAUACUGUUUAUCUUCUACUUUCUACAAACAAUAAAGACAAGUGUCAAAGUUUUGUUGUUUAUUUCCACUAAUCGUUUACUGUCUUUGUUACUUGGAUGUUGAAAAAAAGUGUAAUAAGUGUGCUUGGUUCCUGUGGGCUAUUGACCCUAUUGUUAUAUAAGAAAUAAUGUAUCUGAGUUCUUAAUUGAAUUUAUGGAUUGAUAAUCUUGUGCUGCUA